GCGGAUCCAAGAUGGCGACGUAUCCACCGCGGAGGCUGCUGGGAGCAAGACCUUUACCCUCUGACCCCCGCCGUGACCCCCGUCGUUCCGGCUUCACUGAAGGCGGCGGCGGAAGCCCCCGCGAUCUCCGGUGCUUGUGCACGCACUUCCAGGGACUGGCAGCAUGUCACCAUCACCUCCUGAGAACUUUUUCCACUAAGAAUAUAUAAAAAAGAAAGCUGUCAAAGAAGUACAAGAGGAGAAUGAGUUGUCACAGAUUGCAAGAAUUUCAAGAAGGGCCAAGACCUUGAACAGCAUAGCCUAGAGAUGGGCGUGGGAAAGAAACGAAGGGUCUUCUCACUUUCCUUCAGGCCAACAGUUUCCGCAGUGACGACAACGACCCCGGCAAGGCCGCUCCCAACGUGGCCGCUCUGGACGAGGAAGUUCCCUGACAGGGCUGCUCCAGACGAAGCCUCUCCCCAGACGAUGCUGCUCCUGACUAGGCCACUCACCGAGGAGGCCUCACGUCUAGGAAGCCGCUCCGGGAAUGAAGCUGCUCCCCGGAAUGACGCUGCUCCCGCAAGGCCGCUUGGCGAGGCCGUGGCUUGGGGCAGCAGGGCCGCUGGCGGCUCUCACGGCUCUGACAGCUCUGAUGGCUCUGACAGCUCGGACAGCUCUGACAGUAAGGAGUCUGAAAAUAAGUUAUAUAUGAUGUUAAAGCAGAGAAACCCAAAGCUGAGCAGGAUGGGAUAUCAUGGAUCAGAAGUUUCCCUGAUAUCCUCGCAUGGUAUGGGCUCAGUUGAUGCUGGUGGUCUCUUCAUGCUCAAGAAAUGCAAAACACUGGAAGUUAUACACCAGACACCUUACCUGAAAUUUGAAGACUGGGGCGAGGCUGCUCCAAACAAGAGUACCAAAGCUCAGAGCCAGAGAGUUCUCUGGACGCAGAGGCUUUGCAGUAGAGAACUGUGUGAUGGGGCAGGAGAGUCAGCUGCGGACCGACGCCCCCGGCCCACAGCCCAGGCUAACUAGAUUAUUACCAUCCUUGGUCACGGACAUGCUGACAGCACUCACUUCAGCCAGUAAAUGCUGGUUCUAAAGCCAACAGUCUCCAGUCUCCGGGUGAGAUUGGAAACGUGUGCCUGGGGAGAGCCAUCCCAAGCCAUGGACUGUGAGAGCACCCCUGACCUGCACGCCUGGGACCCCCGCCAGCCCGUUCUGAGGCACCCGUGGCUCAGCUCAGAGUUCCUUGCCUUCAGGCCACACACUGGGAUCCUCCAGACCAAGAAGACAAAUGGAGAAAGAAGACGGUUUGGGGAUUACUGCUGCCCCGCCCACCCGUGGAACUGUUCCAGAAUAUCAAAAACCUGUUGAAAGCCCAGAGUGGCAGUGAGUGCGGUGAGCAACAUAAUAGAAGAAAAAUCAGUGGAUCUCCGUCCAUCGACUAGUUCAUGUCUGCUGCAGAGCCAAAGCUUCAUCCUAGUUUGUUAAUGAAUGUUGAAAUCACUUAAGACUUUUGGGCCUCUGUGGCUCUAUAUUAAAAAUAAGGAGGUUGAUAUGAUGCAUAAUCAUGAGGCUAACUGACAUCUAUUGAGCACUUACUAUGUGCCGGGCACGUAGUUAAAUAUUUUAAAUAUUAACGUGAGUUAUAUAUUUUAGUUGUCACAAAAGCCAUAAUCUCUCCUUUUAAGAUACAAGAAAAUCAAAGCACAGAGAGGUUGAGUAACUUACUCAUUGGUAGGAGGCAGAACGUGGAUUCGAAACUCCAAGUCCCUGUGUUUCCCCCUCAUGCUUUCGCCGACUUCUUGUGUGUACUCUUGUUCUUGUUGUGUUAUCAAGAGGAAGAUGCGCACUCUCUCAUUCCAAUGCCAUGUAUCUGACAUAGAUCAGUCCUCUGUGCACCCACCCAUACUUGACCUCCAAGCAUCACUGAAAAGCUUGUAUUUAUAGUUCAGGUAGGAGAAGCCAGGAAUUUUAUACCUACCUGUGGCUAAAGCAUGAAGUGGAGAGGGACAGUAUGUCGGAUGAAGAAUCACCAACCAGAACAUGCUAGCAAGCCUCAUCAGGAGCAAAUGGAACAAGAUUCAAGGACGAGGAACACACAGCCAUGUGCUGCAGAACCAGCUCUCUGAAAGGGAAAAGUCCUGGUACGUCCUUUCGUGACCCACGUCCUGAGUGGAGGACUGAGGUGUGCAGGGGGGCCACAGUCACGUGGGCGGAAACACAGGACUCAGAUUCAGAUGACUGGGAAUCGGUCUUCCUGGUUGCACAAAUAAGCCAAAUGGGCAGAUAAGCCCGUUUUCCUCACGGAAACUGCCUCUGCUUCUGGAAAAUGGGAAUGUGCCAAGCCCCUCAUAGGUCUGUCCUAAGAAGUGAAUGGGAUGCAGAAAGGAUGAAUACUGACCACUUACAUCGAUGUGGUUGGAACUGGAGGGGAUUAUGCUAUAAGUGAAAUAAGUCAGUCGGAGAAAGCCAAUUACCAUAUGG